AUGCCAGAAUUCCAGCACUUGCUUCCCGCAAGCGGUUUGUGGAGACAAGAUGUCACCAAUUGGCUCCAAGAAGAUGUUCCAGCAUUCGACUUUGGCGGAUUCGUGGUAGGCUCAGAUGCUAAGAUGGCAACACUGUUAUGCAAACAAGCGGGUGUUUUAAGUGGAGUGCCUUUCGCACAAGAAGUUUUUGACCAGUGUCAAUUGAACGUGGAGUGGCUGUACAAAGAAGGUGACUUCCUUGAUCCAGCAUCCACAGCUAAUGGGAAACUCGCGGUUGCCAAAGUAUCAGGAGAGGCAAGAAACAUUUUACUUGCAGAAAGAACGGCUCUGAAUUUGUUGAGCAGAUGCUCAGGAAUUGCCACCGCUUCGAGGGAGCUAGUUAGUACUGCAAGAAAAACUGGGUAUCAGGGAAUAAUAGCAGGUACAAGGAAGACAACACCUGGUCUGCGUAGACUUGAGAAGUAUUCAAUGUUGGUGGGGGGUUGUGACACCCACAGAUACGACCUAUCUUCAAUGGUGAUGCUGAAGGACAACCAUAUUUGGUCUACAGGUUCCAUCACGAAUGCGGUGAAGAAUGCAAGAUCUGUGUGUGGUUUUGCGGUUAAAAUCGAGGUUGAGUGCCAAUCUGAGGAGGAAGCUGAUGAAGCCAUUGAAGCAGGCGCAGAUGUGAUCAUGCUGGACAAUUUCAGCGGGAAUUCACUCAAAUCGGCAGCUCAGAGCCUAAAGCAGAAAUGGGAUGGCAAAAAGCAGUUCAUGCUUGAAUGUAGCGGAGGCUUGAAGCUGAGUAACAUCUCUGAAUUCUUAUGCCAUGAUAUUGAUAUAUACAGCACGAGCAGUAUACAUCAAGGCACAGGUGUGAUCGACUUCUCUUUGAAGAUCAAUGUCUGA